AUGGCCCCUGGCGCAGGGCUAACUAGUGACCUAGGCAACGUUUCAGUGCAAACAGUUCGCCGCAAGAAGAAAAAGCAGCUCGAGGGCGAUGCCAAGAAACUCCGCGAUGAAGCCGAGAAGCAACUUGACAGACUCAAGGAGUGGGAAGAGCCGUUUAAUAGACCGGAGGGUGUCACCAUCCCGUGGUUGAAGGGCACGGGGACGGGGACGAAGACGGAGACGGAGACGGGGACGGGGACGGGGACGGUAGAGCAGAAAUUGAAAGAGGCGGAGGAGCAAGCCGAGAGGUUGAGGAAGUGGGAGGGGCAGUACAACAGACCGGAGGAGGUGAAGAUGCCUUGGAUGAAGGGGGUUGAGAUUGAGCCCACGAUGCUGCCAAUGAAAGAAGAGAAGGAAGAGAAGGCCCCCGAAAAAGCAGAAGAAGCCCAGACUCAGCCCCGACUACACCCUUCUCUCCUCGAAGCCGCCGCCGCUGCACCAGCUCCCCCGCCCAAACCCCGAGGCCGCACCCCCUCCGGUCGCAGACUCCCCUCCCUUGAAGAAAUGGUUCCCGAGUAUGACAAAGGCGAAUACACACUCAGCCCUCGCAGCACCUCCAUCAGCAAGGACUCCGCCAUCGCCUGGGAAGGCGGCGGACGAAGCAGCAUCGGCCAGGAAUCUUCUUCUACCGCCACAGCUGCAGGUACAGAACCGAGAUAUUCAUGGAAGGGGACUGAGGGGAUGAUGGUUGCGGAGACGCAGCCGAGGACUGAGAUGGGGGAGACGAUAGAGGCGCCGCCGAGGAUGGAGAAGCCGAAAAGGGUGCGGUCGAGCGGGUUGGCGGCAGAUGGGGGGGAUUUCGACGCUGCUAAGGAGGGGGCGGGAAGGGAAGCUGAUCGACUCUUAGAACAAAAGGUCCAACAACAAAAAGCUCAAGAGGGAGCUGGGCCCAGCAAGCAUGGCCAUCACCUCCAUCUUGCUGAGGAGGGCAAGAAGUUGCAUGGGUUGAAGGAGAAGAUUAAGGCGAAGCUGCAUAUUGGCGGUACUUCAAGCUAG